AUUAAAAAAAAAAAAAAGCCCUAAAAAGAGCGGCAGGCAUGCGCACUGCGCGGAUGCCAUAUUGGAAUGAGUCUGCCGCGAGUGCGGGCGGAGGGACGGGUCGGCUCCGCGCCGCGCAGUGCCGCGCACCGCGGGGGUUUCGCCGCUGAGGCGAGGAAAAAAAAAAAAAAAAAGAAAAAUACCCACAAAAAGCCAAACUUGCCCAGCUUGUCCUCUAGGUACUCCCUGCUGCAGGAUGAAUUAGGAAGGCAAGGACUCUUCCUCUGAACCAUGGAGACAAGGGCAUCUUUUAUCACCACCAUGCAAGAGACCCAGCAUCUCACCCCAGAGAAAGGUCAGAGCCCAGCCAAUGGCAACAGGGAGCAGUUUGAUUCAGAUGAAGGGUCCAGCAUUGAGGACGCAGACUUCAACUGGGAUGAGUUCCUGGAGGAAACAGGAGCCAGCGCUGCUCCCCACACCUCCUUCAAACACGUUGAAAUCAGCCUUCAAAGCAGUUUCCAACCAGGAAUGAAAUUAGAAGUGGCCAACAAGAGCAAUCCAGACACAUAUUGGGUGGCUACGAUCAUUACAACAUGUGGACAGCUCUUACUGCUUCGUUACUGUGGCUAUGGAGAUGACCGCAGGGCAGAUUUCUGGUGUGACGUGAUGACAGCAGAUCUUCACCCCGUUGGCUGGUGUACACAGAAUAACAAGGUCCUGAUGCCUCCAGAUGCAAUCAAAGAGAAAUACAUGGACUGGACAGAGUUUCUCAUACAUGAUUUGACCGGCGCCCGGACUGCACCUGCAAAUUUACUGGAAGGCCCUCUGCGAGGAAAAAACCCUGUAGACCUCAUUACAGUUGAUUCCUUAAUAGAGCUGCAGGAUUCCCAGAAUCCCUUUCAGUACUGGAUAGUUAGUGUGGUUGAAAAUGUUGGAGGAAGAUUACGCCUUCGCUAUGUGGGAUUGGAGGAGACUGAAUCCUAUGACCAGUGGUUGUUUUACUUGGAUUGCAGACUUCGACCAGUCGGUUGGUGUCAAGAGAAUAAAUACAGAAUGGACCCACCUGCAGAUAUCUAUUCUCUGAAGACUAUAUCUGAGUGGAAAUGCGCUCUGGAAAAAUCCCUUAAUGAUGCAGCAAAUUUUCCUCUUCCAAUGGAAGUGUUCAAGGACCAUGCUGAUUUGCGAAACCACUUCUUCACUGUGGGGAUGAAGCUGGAGGCAGUGAAUGUGAGGGAGCCAUUUCAUAUUUGUCCUGCAUCAGUGACCAAGGUUUUUAACAAUCAUUAUUUACAAGUAACCAUUGAUGACUUGAGACCUGAACCCAGCAAAAUCUCAAUGCUUUGCCAUGCGGAUUCCUUAGGGAUCUUGCCAAUACAGUGGUGCCUUAAAAACGGAGUCAAUCUCACACCUCCCAAGGGUUACUCUGGCCAGGACUUUGACUGGGCAGACUACCAGAAGCAGUGUGGAGCGGAGGCAGCGCCUCACUUGUGCUUUAGAAAUACAUCCUUCAGCCGUGGCUUUACUAAGAACAUGAAGCUGGAAGCAGUGAACCCCAGGAACCCUGCAGAGAUAUGUGUCGCUUCUAUCACCUCAGUUAAAGGACGGUUAAUGUGGCUUCAUCUUGAAGGUUUACAGAUGCCCUCUCCAGAGUACAUAGUUGAUGUAGAGUCUAUGGACAUUUUUCCCGUUGGCUGGUGUGAAGCAAAUGCUUAUAACCUAACUCCACCACACAAAGCUGUUUUGCGAAGGAAGAGAAGAAUUGCAGUUGUCCAACCAGAAAAGCAGUUACCAUCCACAGUGCCUGUUGAGAAAAUACCUCAUGACCUCUGCCCGGUUCCUCAGCCAGACACAACAGGCACCAUCAAUGGGAGAUACUGCUGCCCCCAGCUCUACAUCAACCACCGCUGCUUCUCAGGUCCAUAUUUAAACAAAGGCAGAAUAGCAGAGCUACCUCAGUCUGUCGGGCCUGGCAAGUGCGUGCUGGUCCUCAAAGAGGUUCUCAGCAUGGUGAUCAAUGCAGCUUACAAGCCAGGGAGCGUUUUACGAGAACUGCAGCUAGUGGAAGACCCUCAGUGGAAUUUCCAAGAGGAAACACUUAAAGCAAAAUACAGAGGGAAGACAUACAGGGCGACUGUUAAGAUUGUGCGAACGUCGGAUCAGGUAGCGGAUUUCUGCAGAAGAGUCUGUGCAAAGUUGGAGUGCUGCCCCAACUUGUUCAGUCCUGUUCUGGUGGCUGAAGUCUGCCCAGAGAAUUGCUCCAUUCAUACUAAAACCAAGUACACUUAUUAUUAUGGGAAGAGGAAAAAAAUCAUUAAGCCACCAAUCGGGGAAAAUAACAACAUGAAAAGUGGACAUGUCAAGCCAGCCAGACGCAGAAAAAGGCGGAAAUCCAUCUUUGUGCAGAAAAAAAGGAGGUCGUCAGCUGUCGAUUUGAAUGCUGCAGGCUCUGCAGAGGAGAGUGAAGAUGAUGAGCCGGACGCAAUGGAGGACGAGACGGGAAGCGAGGAAACCAGCUCAGAGCUCCGGGAUGACCAGACGGACACCUCUUCCGCUGAGGUCCCCUCCACCAGGCCCCGGCGAGCGGUCACCUUGCGGAGCAGCACCGAGUCGGACAGACCUCCUCCCACGGAGAGAACCCGACGGAGCCGAAGACCACAGACCCACUCCUACGGCGAGGCGGAGAAGUGCAUGCAAGUCAAGGAGGAAAUUAAGCAAGAAGAGGAGGAGAAGCUCAUCCUGGACAGUAAUCCAUUGGAGUGGACCGUAACUGAUGUUGUGAGGUUUAUUAAACUGACAGACUGUGCUCCCCUUGCCAAAAUAUUUCAGGAGCAGGACAUUGAUGGCCAAGCCCUUCUGUUGCUGACACUGCCCACAGUGCAAGAAUGCAUGGAGCUGAAGCUUGGUCCAGCCAUCAAACUGUGUCACCAGAUCGAGCGAGUAAAAGUUGCUUUCUAUGCACAAUAUGCCAACUGACUGCACUUCUCCAUUUCUUUCUGUUCUCCUUCUUGUUCCCUCUCUUUUUUAACAUUUCAACUUGUUCAAGGGUUUUUUUUUUCCCCUCUCCCUUUUCCAAGACGAUGUGGAAUUGGAAGCACUGGGAAUUAAUGUGUAGGGAAGGAAAAAAAAAAGACAAGAAAAAGCUAGCAACAAAUUGAACUAAUUUUUCUGUACUUGUAAAGCACACUGAAGGACUGCUGGCAUCUUUCCUUGUGAGCCUCAUCAAGCCGUUACACCGUGGUGCAAGGCCAGCAUGGAUCAGGUGGUUUGUCAUUUGUUAAAGCUACCGAUGGCAGACACAUUCCCAAGAAGAAGGAUUGGACAUUUCUGGAUGAUGAUGGUUUGUCUAGGUCAGUUUCUGGACAUGAACAAUUCUUUUAGCCAACUCUGACACACUUCUUUCAUAUUGAAAUGUAAGUGAUCAUUUGUAGCAUUACCUGGGGUUUACUGCAAAUUUGAUCUUAGUGAUCAAUGGGCUUUUUUUUUCUCCUGCCUCUCCAGUCUUACAAAAGGAAAAAAUGUUAUACCAGUCAUAUGCUGUCUGUUAUUCCUGAGUGAUUUAUAAAAGAGGACUCAACCCAUGGUCUCUGUAUGAUACCGGACGAAGCUGCAGUGAACUGACAGGGGUGCAACAACCUAGUGCGCAAUAACACAUCCUGAGCCGCGCUGGCUGUGCACAGUGAGCGGAAUGUCUGUGUGACGGGGUCUGUGCAGUACUGCAUUCUUGUACAGGAACAUGCAUGAAAGCUUUCAUAGUCAAGCCCAUCCUGUUAAAUCCAAGUCACUUGAAAGACCUGACUUUGAGCCCCAUGGGGUGAAAAAAAAUGGCUCUUCAGAUGUAAUGAUGAAACUGUUGAGUGAAUACUGGUUUCAUUUGCACCUUCAUGAAUCUGGUUGCUAGGUGGGAAUAAAAAGCAUCAAUGUUUUCAGGCUGCGUACACCACAGUAAUUUAGACCAGCUGAGGACCUGACCCAACGCAGUCUGUAUAAAGCUCCCAGAUUGUCCCAGUGCCACCCUGGCCAGUGAAACUAGGGGCUUGCUUUGUGCCAAGCAGAGUAAGCACCAGGGGGCUGAAGAAAUGGGUUGGACACCUUGGGUUUGCCUCAGCUGUAUUUAUAGCAGAAGUAUUUCCCAUUUACGUUUCUGGGAUAUGUGACCCCAUUAGUCCCACAUGUCGAGUCUGAAUUUGCUGUAACUCAGCAGAGGUUGGCAGCAUCACAUUGGUGUAAAAUUCUCCCAAGACCAAGAACAAAACUGGGACCAAGUCUGAAUUUUGCUCUGACUUUAAGGUGCAAGUGAAUCCCUCCUUGCAAAAAGUGAAUUGGAUAGUUCGUGCUGAGAUUUAGCCUGUUUUCAUAGGAAAUCACUGACUUCAGCAGAUUUUUGUUCUUAAACCGUGAACAGACUCCUGUUCCCUGGCCUCAGGGAACCCACCUUGGAAAUCAUACACAGCUCUGUUACAAUGCUGUGAUGCCAAAGCCCACUCAGUGAAGACCUCUUCAAAAACAAAUGCCAUUCAUAGCCCUAAAUCUGAAGGCAGUGCUAAUGGCCAGAUAACCCCCACCUCAAGCAGUUACCAUAUGGUGACAGCAAACUUGGAUCAGAUAAUCCUACUGACCACUGUGUGCUCAGAAGAACCUACUGACCAACACCAGGCUAUAGCUGCUGCUUUCUCCUUCAUCAGUUUCCUCCUUAAGUUCUUUGGAUUAAAGAAGGAAAGCCUCAGAAAUAGAUAUUCUGGACUACAUCUGUAUCUGCCCUAGGGCAUGUGUCAGGCAAGAAGCAUUGACUCCAUUUGCUGUGUAUCACUGGGGACUUUCUAGUCUCUCUUUCACUGAGUUUUCUGAUUUGCCACUGAGGAAUGCGAUGGGUGCAACCGCUGCAGGCUGGGACAGAUCCUGCCAACUCCUGAAACUUCAUCAAAAUUUUCUUACGUGGGAGAUCAGCAGGACUGGAUCUGUUUUCAGCUGUUGUCUUGUACUGAAGAUCUUGUUGUUCAAGUUUUAAUCAACUGAAGAGAAAAGUAAUCACCUCUGCGUCAAAUGGUUUUUAUUUUGUUUCUCAGAAAUCCAAGAAUAGGGUUCUGUAGUGGUCCAGACAUUCAAAAACUGGGUUUUAGACUGGAUUUCCUACUGACAGUAGCAGUGGACUGUGUCCAUACAACUGGUUUGAUAACUACUUUGGAUCCCUCUAAGGGUCCCCUAAAAAUGUUGUUCCGUGUUUCGUCUCUGAAUACAAAAGGAUUGUGCCCAGCAGAAUGAGAGCACAGCUGAGAAAAACAGGGAGGGUGCUUCUCCCAGCUCCUCCUUGCUUCAGCCCAGUCCCUCCAAUGGCUGGUAUAACAUCUGUCAACAGGAGGUAUCUCCCAAAAGACUGCUGUCAGGAGAAGCGGCCUAUGAGGACAUUUCAAGGAAGGGAAGCAGAAUGGCUGUUUGCUGAACAGCAUCCCAGCACUGAUCCUUUACUCAUCAUGUCCAUGUUUUUCUGAGCAUCCUUUGCUGCUCUGAUGUUCUUGGAGUUUCUGGCUGCUGGGAUUUGUCAGAGACAUUUAACACUUCCUGGGACAUAUUGCAAAAAAUGUCAUUGUUUUCUCCAUCAACCUUGUAACUGUAGAUAUUCUUAUGGCAGCUAACUACUCAUGGAGGCAUGGUCAGGGAGCAGCCAGCCUCAGACUGUGAGAGCAACCAGCUCUGAUGUUGGCCAAGCAGGGGAUGGGUGAAGCAUUGAGCCCAGCACAUGGGAAUCUUUACUGACUGUUCAGGGAAGUUAAAUCGUAUUUAAAACUCACCUAUUAAACAACAACAAAAAGUUUUAAUUC